CAGGAUUCGCUCUCUUUUCCAUGUCUCAAAUUUCAGACUUCUGAAUUCGGAGGGUUAGCAGUUUCAAAUUUUCAUUCAGAGAAACAGAGAGCUUAAGAAAGAAAAGACGAAUGGAGCUGAGCCUUAGCGGGAACGCUCUCAGAACCUUUGGUCGUUCGAUCACUUGCCUCGCACGUGUGGGCAACGAGCUCGUCAUCCAAGCUUCUCCUUCUCAGCUUGCACUUCAUACACUCAAUUCCUCAAGGUCGGCCUACCAGUCUAUUACUUUUAAGCCGAACUUCUUUGAUGUCUACGGAAUUUCUGGAACUCAAGUACAGUGCAGCGUGCUUUUGAAGGCUGUUUGUUCUGUUCUUAGGACACCUAUGUCAAGUAUCGAUCACUUGACUCUGAAAUUGGCUGAUCCAGAUGCAUCGAAAGUACAAUGGGCUUUGGAAUGCUAUAGUGGUAUGAAAAAAGCAUAUUGGAUUACCUGCAAUGUUGAGCCCGACAUACAACACUUAUCUCUUGAUAGGAGAAGAUUUCCAAGUAACUUGGUAGUGAGGCCUCGUGACCUAAACAGAUUGCUAGCUAAUUUUCAAUCAUCACUUCAGGAAAUUACCAUCAUUGCAACAGAGCUGAUGUCUUUACCUUCUGAUGCUGCAAGUGAAAUCGGUGGAAAAGCUGUUGAGCUUAGAAGUUAUAUAGACCCAACAAAAGACAACGAUUCUUCAUUGCACACUCAACUGUGGAUAGAUCCUAUGGAGGAGUGUGUGCAGUAUACUCACACAGGAGAUCCUGUAGAUGUUACUUUUAGUGUCAAGGAAUUGAAGGCAUUCCUUACUUUUUGUGAAGGCUGCGAGGUUGACAUUCACUUGUUUUUUGACAAAGCGGGAGAGCCAAUAUUAAUGGCACCAAAAUUUGGUCUAGAUGAUGGAUCUGGCUCAAACUUUGAUGCUGCACUUGUACUUGCAACCAUGCUUAUAUCACAGCUACACGAAGGCAAUCCCUCUGAACCUGUACAAGCCGCUGCGACAGUGCAUGACCAGGCAAUGCAUGGGACAGGGUCUCAAGCACAACAAGAGAGGUCUAGGGCAAAUGUAUCUGAGCACCCAUCUGACCACACCCGAAUAUGGUCUGACCUAUCAGGAAGUGCAGCAAAAAGUGGUAGUGGGGUUGAAGAAAGGCAGGUUCAAAAACAGCAGAACUUGAAUGCUAGUGAACAGAGGGAUAUUCAAAGGAUUAGCAUGAUGAAUAUUACAAAAGAUGCACCCAUUAGAGAAAGUGUUCCUGCUGCUCCUAAUCUCCAUCACCAAGUAGAAAGGGACCAUGUUGCAGGGGUGCAAGAUACGAACCAGAUUAAUGGGCAUGCGUUAUCACAACGUCAUCCUAGUAACUGGGUAGAUGCAGAUGAAGAUGAUGAUGAUGAUGAUGGGGAUGAGAAUGAACUAUGUGUACAGUCAACACCACCAUAUUAUGAAGAACAGUAAUAAUGAGCUAACGACAGAUCUCUUGGUCUUAAUGCUAGCCUGCUGCUUGUUUGCUUUCUUCAAUGUAAGUGCAUGACCCUUUUUUUGUCAUAUCCUUCAUUCUCAUUUAGCUUUAUCUUCAACUAAUUUAAGUAACUUUUCUUUGCUAUAGUUAUUGAGCAUAGAAGGAUCUAUAGUCUGAUACACUUCAAAAACAAUUUAUAGAAGUAUAUUCAAUUUAAUAUUUGAUUGUAAUAUAUGUUUGUGGGGAGUGAAAUCA